AUGUCAACUCUGACCCAAGAGACCCAUGAAGACGAGGAGAUGGAUGCUGGAGAAGAGGGAGAAGGCUCUGAGGGAGAUUUUUCGGACUCGGACGACUCAGACUACGACCCCUUGACUCCAGAGUCUGUCGAGGAAGAUGAAGAUGACCCUGAGCAACCUGGACCCGCGAUCCAAGUGGAAAGAACAGCUUGUCUACGCGCCAAACUCAGUGGAGCAAUGGUGACCAAGGUUUGGAGAGUGCUGGAGGCAAUAAAAGGGCAGGGAAUUGACUUGCCGAUCUUUUUGGAUGCGCUCAGCUGGGGUGAUGCGGCAUGCAAUGAAGAUGCAACUAUUCGCUACGCUUGUUCGGCUCUGCUUCACAGCACAGAGCUUCCGGGCAUCCUCGAGCGAUGGUACAAGCCACCGCGGCCACCCCAGUCCAAAAAGGGUCGACCAAAGGGAGCAAGGAAAGUGAUAGAGCACGUUGCGACUCUGUGCAUGGAGGAGAUAAUCGGACUCGAACUCGAGGCUGUGGCUCCGCUUUUCGAGUCUCUGGCAGGCAAGGAUGUCACGGAAGAAGAGCUUACGGGGACUUCACUAUCAAAGAUUCAUGCUGCUGUUAAGAGAGAUGCGCCAAAUCUAUUGCGCCUUUUGAUGUAUCUGGCCCGGACUCCUGAACAGCGGAAACAAAGCCCGGAGAAGAAUCCUGACAAGAUGAUCUUGACAAUAAUUGCGAUGUUUCAGUACACUCGGUCGCAUCAUCGUGCUCGUAUCCAGAAGCUCUUCUCAGUAUACUUCAAGUUCAAGGGCCUCUCAGCCAAGGGAUUUGACACAAUACAUGCCAUUGGCUUGACGAUGAGCUCGCGGUGGACUUCCGACAGUAUUUCACGCAUAUCCGCCACUGCAAUGAAGGACCUACUGCAUCUUAUCGACCUACUCCCACAUCUACUCUCUUACGACAAUGCCAUUAUCCCCUACCGUGUAUUCUCUACACGUAUCGACAAUCAAUCUUUGCAGGGGAACAGCACAGCAUGCACCGUUUAUGUCCCACGAAACGCUGUUCCGCUUUCUCCAUCAGCGAACCGUGCAUUCCAGGAAACACGGGCUGCCGGUUUACAGAAUCCUCUUACUGCCGCAAAGAUCAUUGCGAUCUCACGCAAAUCAGAGUCUUGCUGCAAGAAUCACAUUGUUUACCUUGUUCUCGAUGCACUCUUCCAGUCUACGGCCUUCGACCUCGAUACCUACACAGACCGGGACCACGCUCUGAUCCAACGGCCCGAUCCUGUUUGGGAGCUUCCAUGUGGCAAAGAGCACGUCACGUUGCAGUAUCUUUUGGGCACUGUCAACAUCCCGGAGGCCUCAUAUGAAGACAACGCAAAACUGAUUACCGAGUGGCUCCGACAGCUGAAGAUGGACACUCCAGAGAAGGAACAGAUCUUGGGUCUGGAGAAGAUUAUGUUUUGGAUUGGGGAUCAACUCACGGUGGACCGUUUACGGAACUUGACCCGGUUUCGAGCUGAGGACGACAACUCGUUUGAUAGACUGGAUCGGCUGAUCACUCCGGCUGGCUGGUUGCACAUCUGCAUGGCUUUUGCAAACUCAAUUCACAAGCAACACCUCGGGACAUCCAAGGGUCACGGUUUGAGUGCUGCAUUCGAAGUGCUCCAGCGCAAGGGAUUGCAGCAGUCAAAGACACAGGGCCCUUUCUUCCAUGAUCUCGAUGAAACACUUGACAUUACUGCGGCAGCACAGAUACAGGAGCUCUGGCUGCAUGUGGCUGGUGUGUCCAGUCUGUCUGUGCUACGCUCAUUCUCCGGGGACCGACUCGCUGCGCUUGCACAGAAGAUUUUGGACGAGCAUGCCUCAAGUCGGGCCUUGGUCAACCUCCGAGUUAGGAGACGUGGGAACGAUGAUUUGAAGGAUGAAUUCAAGGAGCAGUCAGUGAUGUUCCUCCGUGAUGUUUUACCAUACCUUCUGUUGCGAGACUCGAUUGCUCGUGGUGAUGUGGGACUCAUGGAGGACAUGAUUCCUCAGCUCAUCUUCCGUUUCGCCGGUGGAAACAACUCGAAAUACACGAUUGAGAUGUUGGAGCUCCUUCAGGGAUUGAGAACCGACUGGCCACAAGAGGUUGCAGACUUUGUGCGCAAACAUUGCUGGGUCCUCAACAACACAGGACGUCGUAUGGGCCACAUGCCAAUAGAUGAGGCGCAAGAAAUGAACAUCAAAGACAUCAAAGUCACGCAUCGAUCCCAGGGACCAAAAAUCGACUGGAAAUAUCUCAAAAAACUGCACCCUGCCAUUCACAUUGUGCGAGCAGUAAGUCACCACAUGGAGAACGAGUUCAAGACUCGAGUGCGUGGAUGGAAGCACACUGUACCAAAAAAGGAGGGCGACAUCACCGCCCUAUAA